UCGAACACCGUGCAAGUAAAUCAAUUUUCGCUCCGUCGCCGUUGUUAACCAUUGGCUUAAUUUGCUUAUUUUUUUAUUGUUUUUUCACUUUAUAUGGAUUGGUGAAUAUCGGUAAAUAAAGGAAAUUGGAUGUUCCUUUGCGGAUGGGGAAUAGAUUCUUCACUAACCUCCUGAGACGCCAGGUGAAUUCAAGGGUGUAUUUGGGAAAGCCAUUAUAAGCACUCUUCAGCCCUGGAUCGAGUGUGAAUAGUGCCCAGGAGAAAAUCACCGUAAGGAUAAAUGUAAAGCGGAGACAAAUGGAACAUAGCACGGAAGAAGGAAAAAAGGAUUAUUAAAGAGACCAUAAGCUGUAUCUGGUAUUUGAAAAAACGAUUCGAGAGAUUAGUGUCGAAAAUAAAACUUUGAUGUGAGGAUUACACUUUGGUUGAGAAAAUUCGAAAUUGCCGGGAAAAGCUAAGGUAGCUAGCCAAACAAGGCUGCAUAUUACGAUGGGUAUACAAUUUUUGUAAAGGAUAAUGUCGAGUUUUGGAUUCAGGAGCCUCUAUUCGUAAUGUUUCGGUGGAUUAUGAUGUUUGUUUGUGUGUCUCGACUGAAUACGAUGACAGGAUGACGACGAUCGAAAAAGCGUUCUUCAAGCAUGACGAAAACAGUACAAGUUGAAGCUUUCUUCAAUGCUGUGCAGGAUUUCAUAGAUAACAACAUUUGCCGUUGUCGAACUUCGUACGGUAGUGAUUUCGAAACUACAGCUGAAGGAUGGACCAUGAACCACGAGAUGCAAAAAUCAAACUGCGUUACCAUACAAAUAAUGAAUAUAUGGGGCUAUAUUGGAUAGUAUAACACAAAUCAUGGUUCCUUCAAACGAAAGCUCCAGCCGAAAUCAGUGGUAUCCCAAGAGUAAGAAAACGGAGUGUUGUCAUUGAAUUUCCCCGUGAUUUGCAUGUCCUGGAGACAAUCAGUACCAAGCUUGAUCACGUAUCGUAGCAAACGUUAAUUAUAUUCAGAGUAUUGCCCGGACCCGACCCAGUCCACCAGUUGUACGCCGAGGAGAUGCAUUUUUGGAUUGAUAAGCGCUCGCAAGCUUGUGGUUUCGGUAGAGCACGGGUGGCUGCGUCUCUCUCUAGUGGUGGAGGGCUCGGUUUUGGGUAUCCCCGGCGAAUACCCAGAAAAUCAAUGGUUACCCCAAUUCAUCGGUUUCAAACGGUCGACUGUACCAGACCACAUUCAUAUCGACAGCUGCAGCAACAACAACAACAACAACAACAGCAACAACAGCAGCAGCAGCAACAACAACAGCAGCAACAGCAACUAUUACAGCAACAACAUCAUUCACAGUCUCAAAACAGCAGUAGCCAUCAUCAACAGCAACAACAGUCACAUCAGGCUAGCAGUAAUCAAUCGCAUAUUCAGCAUCAUCAGGCUCAGUUGCAUAGCAGUGGGCACUAUAAUCAGAAUAAUAGCAUACUCCCAGCAUCGACGCUCCAUUCACAAUCUCCAUCUCAGACUCACCAUCUGCUGCAACAAUCGCAGCAUCAGCAGCAGGCAAACAACUACCAUGUACCAGUCGGAGUGAAUCAUAUUUAUAGCAGUGCACCCUCGCAAUCUAACGCAAUCGAAAUCGAUCAUAAUGCCGGAGCGCUCGGAAUUGGAACACUCAGUCAGCAAGUGUCACACGUGGGUCACGACGCUCAACUAUUACCAGCGCAUCUCAAAUGUGGAAUGUGGGCCUCGCUCGCGCUGGCCGCGGUUUUUGUAGCGGGAGCGAAAUUCUACUUUGACCAUCAAGGAACCGGCCUGGAAGUGCUUAUAUUUUGUGCAUUUUCGGCCACCUUUUUCCUAGCGGCAUGCACAGUAUCGCUCUGUCGACGUCCAAGAGACCUACAGAUGCCCGCCAACAAUGUGAUAUCGGAGACGAUCUCCAUUGGGGAGCAAAACUCCCUACAGAACAAUCCGGACUUAGCGAAUAGUAAUCCUUCGCCGUUGCUGAAUGGCAGUGUAGGUGUAGCACAGCAAAAUUCACUGGCGGUGAUGGCCCCCCCACCGCCAUACCACAUUGCCAUACUAUUACCGGAAAACACUAAGGAACCGGAUGAGUCACCGCCACCGUCGUACGAUAAAAUAGUAAUAUAAUAGUAAUUACCAACUAUCCUGAAUAUCGCACAAGUUACAAGUACACAUACGAAAGCUAAGAUGAUCACACAGAAACCAAAUUCGUUGCAAUCGAUGCUGUACCAGUUCAUUAUAUAUCAACAUCCCAGUCUGUAGCAUGUAGCUGCUUAUUCCAAGUGAUGCCAAAUCAUAACCCCAAGGAAUCAGGGCCAAAAAUUCGCAUGAAGUUAGUAUGUAUUUACUCAUACCAGAAUGGUAGACAGCAAGAACUACGAUUGAGAAUAAAAAUUUAGCAAUUGCGCUAAGGCAGAUAGUUCAACCUAGCUCAAUGUUAUACCUAGAUAAGACUAUAGGAUAAGCCUCGUAGGAUAGAAACCGCCAAUGCGAUGAACAAAAUGCUCACAAUCUGAAUAUGUAUUCAAUUAGUAUGAAGGUGUUGAUCGAUAUUAUUUAGCAUCUGUACGCGAUUAGACAUCCUUAGCUACAAGCAACACAGACGUGCGAUAAGAUGAGACAUAAUUAGGUUUUAAGUUACUUGCGCUCCAACAAUCUCUAAUGUAUUUUGAACGGAGCAGCCACCGUGACAUCUCCCGCUCACGAUAAAAAUCAGAUAACAGUUCGUGAUAGGAAAAGAUGCUUAGAGCGCUGCUGUAUCGCAUACGGGGCAGCGGUUAAACAGUUGUGUUAGAACUAGAAUCGAGUAACCUAAAUUUUAAUAAAUUUACGAUCGAUACUAA